AUGAUUUUCGACCUACUAGGGCCAAUGGCUCCAGAUGCUGUGCCCAACCAAGAAGGUAUUAAACGUUAUUUUUUCGUACAAUCUUUUAGUUUUGCCUGUGUCGGUAUUGAUCCCACCUCAUUGGAAAGAACAAUUGUCAAUACUUAUAUGGCUUGGUGGCCAAUGAUGUCUCUGCUAUUUCUCUGUUUUCCCAUUGUCAUCUAUGCCAGUCAAUAUAUAACUGAUUUGGAUCUAGUAACGGAUGCUUUAUCGCCCAUUUGGCAAGCAAGUUUGGCUAUUAUGAAAUUAAUGUAUUUUAUUUGGAAUAAGGAGAAAAUUAUCAAAUUAGUGCGUAGAAUAUGGCUAAUGAAUGUGAAGGUGGUUUUUACAACGGGAGUAUUGGCUUUGGUUUCACCCUUUGUUAUAGCAUUUUUCUAUCAUCUAAAGGGACUAGGAUUUCGUGAGAAUUUGGGUCCUCCCCUAAAAGCAGCUUACUUUCCGGAUACUAAAAGCCAUUUGGGUUAUGCUAUUGCAUAUCUGUGGAAUGUAUCUGGUAUUUAUUUUGUAAUCAAUGGAAAUCUCGCCAUUGAUUCGUUAUACUCUUGGUUCAUGCACAAUGUGGUGGCACAAUUUCGCAUUCUCAAAUUACACUUUAAAAGCGAUGCCAAUACGGUUCGUCAUCGCGGAGAUGAAGAGGAAUUUCGCCAGCUAAUAGUUGAUCGUAUAAAACAUCAUCGUCGUGUUAUUGAGUUGGAGGAAAAUUUCAAUGAUGUCUAUAAGAUUAUAGUUUUCAUAAAAUUCACCAUUAGUUUUAUACAAAUUGCUUUCCUGGCCUAUCAAUUUGCCCGGGGACGUGAACUUUCUGCCCAGUUAUUUCAUCUAUUCUUUUUGAUAUCGGUUUCAAUGCAGUUGAUAUUGUAUUGUAAUGGUGGGCAACGGAUUAAAGAUGAGAGUACUUCGGUGGCGGUUUUCAUUUAUGAUUAUUUCAAAUGGCAUGAUUUGAGUAUUAAAACUAAAAAGCUAUUACUUUUGCCCCUGAUGAGAGCUCAGAAACCCUGUAUUGUGACUGGAGUGUUCUUUGAAGCCGACUUGAGUUUAUUUUUAUGGAAAAAAAUGCGUCUACUACUUAAACCCAAAUCUGCAGCAGAUGCCCUACCGCCACAAUAUGGUUUAAAAACAUAUUUUGUAGUGCAAAACUUCGCUUUCAAUUGUAUGGGUAUCGAUGUGACAUCACAGAAUAGAACUAUAUUUAAUCCAUUCAUAAACUGGAUCUCCAUGGCUUUACUAAUGACUCUUUGCGUAUUUAUGUUUAUGUAUGCUGCUGAAUAUCGACAUGAUAUGGACUUGAUGACCGAUAUAUUGGCACCAUUUUGGCAAGCUGUCUUGGCUUUAAUAAAAAUGUGGGUUUUUGUCUGGAAUAAGAAGAGAGUAGUGAAAUUAGUGCGUCAUAUAUGGUUGUGGAAUUUGGAAGGUCGCGCUGAUGAGUUGGAUAUCAUAAUAGACGAAAAUCGUAAAGAUUAUUUUUAUUCUAAAUUAUUUUUUCGCUUUGUUAUGGCCACUGUAGUAAUGGCGUUUUUGUCACCAAUUUUAGUGGCAUUUUUCUAUUAUUUAAAGGGUCAAGGAUUUAUGGAUAAUCUCGAUCCGCCUUUAAAGGCAGGCGUAAGUAGUUUUAUUUGGGUAACAUAUUACAUUGCCAUGGAUCCAAAAUCAUACAAUGGAUACAUUUUGAUCUAUAUUUGGAAUAUAAUAUCAGUUUGUUAUAUUUCAAAUGGUGCAAUAGCAAAUGAUACAUUAUUUUCCUGGAUUGCCCACAAUGUAACGGCACAAUUUCGCAUUUUAAAUUUGCGCUUCAAAAAGACAGCAAAUUCUUUAAGAAAACCGGGUGAUGAACGCGAAUUCAUAAGAUCUAUUACACAACACAUUAAAUAUCAUCAUCGUGUUAUAGAAUUAGCCAAUAAUUUCAAUGAUGUUUUCAUGGUGACGGUAUUCUUCAAAUAUACCAUUAGCUUUUUGCAAAUUGCCUGUUUGAUAUUUACAAUUGCUCGUGGUGGUGAACUGGCAACAUUGGUAUUUCAUAUAGUGUUUUUAAUAGCAGUUUCCAUACAGCUGAUGAUGUAUUGCCUUGGGGGCCAGAAGAUAAUAGAUGGGAGUACCUCCGUAGCAGUCUCCAUUUAUGAGUAUUUCCAAUGGCACGAUAUGAGCAUCAAAUCUAAAAAGUUAUUGCUUUUAUCCAUAAUGAGAGCCCAAAAACCUUGUAAUUUAACGGGUGUUUUCUUUGUGGCCGAUUUACCUUUAUUUUUAUGGGUCUUAAAAACAUCUGGUUCUAUGUUUACCAUGCUGAAAUCAAUGGAAGCUUAA